CCUGACGAUGAUCAUCGGCAAGCCGUACUUGUGGCCUGAUGUGGGCGCGGGAACCUACUUUCCCAGUGAAAAUCAGGCUUAGAUGAUAUCAUUGUUCUCUCUUCUGCGAGUAGCUAUCGACACGAUAUGAAAGAUGGUCUCUUCAUACCGGCGCGUCACCAAGCAGAUAAGACAGUGUCCCGGGCUUCCAGUGCCUAAUCCCACCACCCCAUUCUGGUCAAUCCCAGCAUCGCCUAUCCAGAAAGAAGGCUCGUCAGCGGCUUUGCCAGCAAGUGCGGAUGUUGUGAUUAUCGGGUCUGGGAUAACGGGUACGGCGUUUGUGCGUACGCUGCUCGACGCGGAUGGGUCGUUGGAUGUUGUAAUGCUGGAGGCAAGGGACGCGUGUUCUAGGGCUACAGCGCGGAAUGGGGGACAUGUCACGCCGCCGCUGCACCAUGACUAUCUGGAAUUGAAGAGCAAACACGGUGCAGAGGCUGCGAGGCAGAUUAUACGGUUUAAGCUGUCACAUCUGGACGAGUUGAUUGGCGUAACAGAGGAGGAGGGCUUGACGGAGGAGAGCCAGUGUCGCAAGGUGGAGACGUAUGACAUGUUCUUCGACCAAGAGGCGUUCGAAGGAGCAAAGGAGAAGUUGGAACGCUAUUUGGAGGAAAUGCCGAGUGAGAAGGGUGGCUGGGGUACGGCAGAGGGCUCGGCGGGGAUGCAGCUUGCAGAUGGAGUGUGCGGGGUCAUCUCAACGAUGGGAGGAGCGGUGCAUCCUUAUAGGCUCGUUACGGGAUUCCUCUCAAGACUACUCAAGACGUACUCAUCCUUUCGGUUAUACACUCAUACUCCAUGUCUCUCCAUCCGCAACAACAUCGUUCGUACACCCCGCGGUGAUAUUCGCACCAAACAUAUCGUGCAUGCUACCAAUGGCUGGACGUCCCAUCUCCUCGCACCGAUGCGAGAAAAGAUUGUUUCUGUACGUGGCCAUAUGACCGCACAACGCGCAGGAACAGGAUUAGAAGACGGGUGGCUGGGUACACGGUCAUUCGUACUGUCCCCAGGCGCGUCAGAGGAUCGAUGGGACUACCUCACCCAGCAACCGCCUGAUCCUGCACGACUAGGCGAGAAACCGCACGCAGAGUUCAUGUUUGGAGGUGGUAUUGAGACGGGUAUCCCGUCCUUCUUUGAAGCUGUUGGAUGUGCUGAUGACAGCCAAGUUGACUUUCGAACCUCGGCUUACCUUGGUGGAGCACUGGCGGCGUAUUUUGGGAAAUGGUGGGGAGGCGAGUCCGCUGAUGUUGACGACGAUGAACAUUUUGAGAAAGGACGCGUGAAGAAGGCGUGGUCGGGCAUUCUGGGCAUCUCUGCGGAUGGAUUGCCUUGGGUGGGUAGUGUUCCCUCAAAGAUCGCGGCAGGGUAUUCGGGGGAGGGAAUGGUGCACGCGUGGAUGAGCGGAAAGGCGUUGGCGUAUAUGGUGCUUGGAAAAGACGUUGAUUGGCUCCCUGACCUGUUUCGCGUUACAGAGAAAAAGUGGAAGAAAGCAAAUAUCGCGUCUUGGCUAUAA